AUGGAGAGAUUUUGCAAGGCAGUGGCUCCUACUUUUCUCCACAAACUCUGGGCUUUGGUAGAGGACACCGGCUUCGAUUAUGUGAUUCGCUGGAGCAAGGAUGGCCAAAGCUUUGAAAUUGUGAAUGAAGGAACCUUUUCCAAAGAAGUGCUCCCCAAAUACUUCAAGCAUAACAAUCUCUCCAGCUUUAUAAGACAGCUCAACAUGUAUGGUUUUCGAAAAGUGGUUGCAUUGCAGAAUGGACAGGCUAAUCAGGAAAAUAAAGUGUAUUUGGAGUUUCAGCAUCCACUCUUCAAAAGAGGAGGAGCCUGUCUUCUGGAAAACAUCAAGCGAAAGGUAUCGACAAGGACAAAUGAAAAGGUCAGAAACUAUUCUCAAGAGUUUCAGAAAAUUAUGACUGAAAUGCAAGAUUUGAGAAACAAGCAGACUAACACAGAUGCUAAAUUUGAAAAAAUGAAACGGGACUACACAAACAUUUUGCUUGAAAUUACAAACCUGAAAAAGAAGUACUGGGAUCAACAGCAACUGUUAACACAGAUUCUCCAGUUUGUCUUUGAAGCAGUGAAUGGAGGCGAUACAGAAAUAAAAAGUAAUAAAAGUAACAGGUCAUUACAAUUAUUACCUGGAGCUUCAGAUUCUGAAUAUGAGCGCCCGUAUUUCCAUAUUCCAGAGGAAAAGAAAGAAGAAAUGCACAUAUUAAAAGAUGGUUAUGCGGUUAUUGAAAACAAAUAUAAAAGUCUCCUUGACAAUAUCUCACCUGUUUUGGAAGAUGACUCCAACAAUGUAAUUUCAUCUGUAGACCAACCAAGUGGAGAUGAUGAAAAAGUCUCUAAAGUGCCAAGUCAGGAUAUACCUAUGAAUGAAGAUUCACUGACCUUUCCCUUGGAUUUAAACACACCAUUUUUAGAGGACAAAUUCAUUGAGGAACUCUUUGAACAGAAAUCUAAGGAUAUGUCUUUAUUCUUAGAGUCUUCUCAGAACAGUGAUUCAGUUUUGACUGAGAAUAAAUCAGACACCAAUUAUAACACUUCAAUGAGCAGGGAUAAAAUGCAUAUUCAUUAUACUGAUGAAAAUAUGGUAGACUGGUCACUACUGUCUAAGAAGGAAGUAGAUUAUGACUUGGAUCAUGCCAGUGAGAGUCUAAGUCUGAUGAAAAAUGAAGGCAAGCAAAGUCGUCUUGAAGCCAGUGGGAAAAAAGACAAAUAUGUGGCACAAUACAUGGAAAAAGCCGUGCUUUCCAUAUUAGAUGAGACGCCAAGAUGUGAUUUGGAAAAAAAAUUUCAAGAUUCUUAUGAUCUGCCUUUGGAUGAGCUGAAGAAGCCAUCAAAUGUUUUAGCAGCUUUAAGUGACCAUAAUUAUAUAGCCCUCAACAGUCCUCCACAAGAAGAUGCUGCAACUACUAUUGAAAAAUUUGCGCCCCAGUUAUGUAUGGAUACCAGUGUGGAUUCCAGUAGAUUCCCUUUGCUCGUUCUUAACCCUGCUAGUAAUAUGUUUUGA